AAGAGAAGAUGUUGAUCUAUGACUACAUGUCAAACAAAAGUUUGGAUGCAAUUGUUUUUGGCAUGGAAAUUGUGGAACGAUGAUAACAUAAUGGCUUUGGUAGACCCAACAAUAUGGGAUCCUUGCUUUCAAAUGGAGAUGUUGAGAUGCAUACAUGUGGGACUUCUAUGUGUGCAAGAAUUGGCAAGAGACAGGCCAACUGUGUCGACUAUAAUUUCAAUGCUUAAUAGUGAGAUUCUGGAUUUGCCCACUCCAAAGCAACCUGCAUUCACCGAAAGGCAUAUUGCUUCAAAUGAAGAGCCUGCUCAACUGGGCCAGAUAAAGUCCUCCAGUUGCAAUAUCACUAUUACAACAGUUUAUGCUAGAUAG